UUCCUCCCCCGCCUGUCCUUUGAUCCUGUCGCACAGUGCGUCCCCACGCGGAUCCCGGAGCGCCUCGCGCCCGGCAGCCGAGCUGUGGUCAUGCCAACCCAGCAGCCAGCUGCGCCGACGAGUCUCCCCAAGCCCUCCCGGAGCCUCUCUGGCUCACUCUGUGCCCUGUUUUCUGAUGCAGAAUCGAGAUCCGAGAUGAAGGCAGAACUUUCUCCUCGGCCCGGGGCAGCGGGGCGGGAGAUGACCCAAGAAGAGAAGCUUCAGCUUCGGAAAGAAAAGAAACAGCAGAAGAAGAAACGGAAGGAGGAAAAGGGGACAGACCAAGAAAUUGGCUCUGCUGUAUCCGCAGCUCAGUGUCAAGAUGCAACCAGAGAACUCCCGGGACCUGGUAGUCAACCGGGAGGCACUGCUGGGGAGAAAGUUCCACCUGGCAGGAGUAAGGCAGAACUUCGCGCCGAAAGGAGAGCCAAGCAGGAGGCAGAGCGGGCCCUGAAACAGGCAAGAAAGGGGGAACAAGGCGGCCCUCCUCCUCAGGCCUGCCCCAGCACGGCUGGAGAAGCCACCUCAGGAGGGAAGCGUCUCCCUGAGCACACCCAGGUUGAUGACCCCACACUCCUGAGGAGGCUUGUUAGAAAACCAGAUGGACAACAGGUUCCUACACGAAAGGAUUAUGGAUCCAAAGUCAGUCUCUUCUCCCACCUACCCCAGUACAGCAGACAAAACUCCUUGACCCAGUACAUGAGCAUCCCAUCCUCUGUGAUCCACCCAGCCAUGGUACGACUUGGUCUGCAGUACUCCCAGGGCCUUGUCAGUGGCUCCAAUGCCCGCUGCAUCGCACUGCUCCGCGCCUUGCAACAGGUGAUUCAGGAUUACACAACACCUCCCAGUGAGGACCUCUCCAGGGAUCUUGUAAAUAAACUAAAGCCCUACAUCAGCUUCCUGACCCAGUGCCGCCCCCUGUCAGCAAGCAUGUGCAACGCCAUCAAGUUCCUUAACAAGGAAAUUACUGGCAUGAGCAGCUCCAAGCGGGAAGAGGAGGCCAAGUCAGAACUUGGAGAAGCCAUUGACCGGUAUGUACAAGAGAAGAUUGUGCUUGCAGCUCAGGCAAUUUCACGAUUUGCCUCUAAGAAGAUCAGCGAUGGGGACGUGAUCCUGGUGUAUGGAUGCUCAUCCCUGGUGUCACGGAUUCUCCGGGAGGCUUGGGUCGAGGGCAGGCGGUUUCGGGUGGUGGUGGUGGACAGCAGGCCCCGGCUUGAGGGAAGGCACAUGCUCCGUUCUCUUGUUCGUGCUGGGGUCCCUACCUCCUACCUGCUGAUUCCUGCAGCCUCCUACGUGCUCCCAGAGGUUUCUAAGGUGCUAUUAGGAGCUCAUGCACUCCUGGCCAAUGGAUCUGUGAUGUCACGGGUAGGGACAGCACAGCUGGCCCUGGUGGCUCGAGCGUAUAAUGUUCCAGUACUGGUCUGCUGUGAAACGUACAAGUUCUGUGAGCGUGUGCAGACUGAUGCCUUCGUCUCCAACGAGCUAGAUGACCCUGAUGAUCUGCAGUGCAAGCGGAGAGAGCAGGUGGCCCUGGCUAACUGGCAGAACCAUCCAUCGCUCCGGUUGUUGAAUCUGGUCUAUGAUGUGACUCCACCUGAACUCGUGGAUCUGGUGAUCACAGAGUUGGGCAUGAUCCCUUGCAGCUCUGUGCCUGUUGUCCUUCGGGUCAAGAGCAGUGACCAGUGAAAGGGAAAUAGGGUCAAUAAAAACCUACUCCCUAUCCCUUAA